AUGCGAGACCUCACCAGAGAAAGUUUAUUGAAACUAAAAGAAAACUUUGAAAAAGAUAUGGAUUUAUUAUCACAAGACUUUUUCAACAGCAUAAGAUGGAAUCCUGUUCCAGCUAAUGAAACCCAUCAGAAUUAUUUCAAUAUAAAUUGCAGGAAGCUCAAUGAUGUUGAUUAUGAUGAUAAUCUCAAUUAUUUUGAUUCAAAUAUUCAAAAAAAUAAUAUGUAUUGUUUCAAAGGGGCAAUGACUGAAGAAGAAUUAAAAACAUGCACAACAUUCCCUUUGUUUUGCAAAGAAUACUCAUAUCAAAGAUUCUUGUCUUUUGCUAGCCAAUCUUGUAGAAACCAAAACAAGAGCCCUUUUAAAAGAGCUCAUAUUGGUCGGCAUGUAGACAUGAAGGCAUUAUUAUUGAUGACCCCAAUUAAGUUCAAGAUAGUUUAUGGAGAGGUAUCUGGAGGAUUGAAUUCUUUUGGAACCCCAUCUGCUUGUUAUAAAAAACAAUAUCUUGAUAAAUUGAAAUUGAUGGUGUUGAUGCGAGACAGCUUGAAUAGUCUUUUUAAAGAUUGUAAAUAUGUUACAGAUGUUGAAAGAAGAAAAAUAAUUGUAUAUGGGUGGAUUCAAGUGGGACUAGUAAUUAGUUUUUAUGCAAUGAAUUGGAUAGGAAAUGGUGUAUAUAGAAUUGGGAAGGUGGAUGAAUGUCAAUUACCAGUUGAUGAAACACAUUGUAGUAUGUUUGAAGACAUAUAUUGCAUCCUUAAGUGUUUGGAGGUUAAAUUCAUGGAAACAGAAAGGAACAUUACUAAUUUAUUAACCAGUAAUGUUCAGGGGAAGUGUAGACGUUUGAUGGAGGAAAACCCUCCCAAGUUAAAUGUAAAUUCCACUCCUUAA